AUGGUUUUUAAAAGAAAGCUUUCAUUCAUUCGUCCGAAUGCAAUGGACAUGAAGGUCAUAAAAAUUCAACUUUACAAAAAAAGUACUCACAGCAUUGUUAUGAUUCCAAAAUAUGAAUGCAGGUGGCUCAGGAGAAUUAUGAACGACACAAGCAAUUUGAAUGUUUUGAUCAAUAAAUUACAGUUUUAA